UAAGUACAGCUUCCCUUAAUUAAAACUCCACCAGUUUUUCCCUCUCUCUCUCUCUCUCUCAUGGCUACCGUUGACUUUUUAAAACUUUGAAAAACUAUCUCUAAUAACCCAUUUCCUUGGCCACAUCCAUGGCUGACCAAACCCGUCCUUUCAUCUCUCCAUUCCCUUUUCUGCUUGUCUUCUCCUUCCAUUCUUCCAUUGGAUCAUGAACUCCACGUCCGAUGCUAAUGAUGGACUUCUCGGAUCCAACAACAUUGGUGGGUUUGGAUAUGGCAUCGGAGUUUCUGUUGGAAUCCUCCUGCUUAUCACCACCAUCACCUUGGCUUCCUACUUCUGCACCCGGACUCAACCGCCGCAGGGAGCACCGGCCAGGAGGACCAGACAAGAGCCUAAUAUUGAUCCCGACAGCUUAGUUGUCGAUGUAGGCCUCGAUGAGGAAACCAUAAAGAGCUACCCGAAGCUGCUUUACUCCGAGGCGAAGCUCCAGAAGAAAGAUUCUACAGCUUCAUGUUGUUCCAUAUGCUUGGCGGAUUACAAGAGCAGUGACAUGCUUAGGCUGCUGCCUGACUGCAACCAUCUUUUCCAUCUCAAGUGUGUAGACCCUUGGUUGCGGUUGAACCCAACAUGUCCGGUUUGCCGGACAUCUCCCAUCCAAACGCCCUUGUCCACGCCUCUUGCUGAGGUGGUUCCAUUGUCAACCAGACAAGGUGGUUGAUGUCAAGAAAAACUGUUGUUUCUACAUAUUUGCUCACUUCUCUCAUCUCAGUCAUUAUAAUUCAGUCAAUGUAAAAUUGUUACUCGAUCCACAAGACGAGAUCUUUCCAUAGUAAAAGGUAUUCAUUUUUCUGCU